AAAUACAGAUUCUGCCUCCAGAAGUGAUUUCCGCGUGAGCCGCGAGCUGCACCCAGAAGUCAUUCUGUCACGUGCACUCCCCGCUUACGUAAUUUUCGCUCGCCAGCUCACAAGAGCUGGUCUCCUUUGCUGUCACAUUUCUACUCCUGUACCAAUCUCUCAAAACCCACUCUCCUUCUCAAUACCACGUGUUUUACCCCCUAACUCACACUGAUCGUGACAGAUUAAGAGUCAAGGUCGCCCCACCAACUGUUUCUGAUUGUUUGUUCCCGAUCCGGUAGCCAGACCAGUGCUGGGAUCGUCCACGCUUCUCGACUGUGUCCUUGGUUGACCUUUCGAAAGCAAACCCCGUUGUUUUUCCCACACCUGUCUCAAUUGUCGAAAUGUCUUCCCAGAUGUCCUCUCCCAUUCCCACCGGCCCCCGUCGCGAAAGCGAUAAACUCAAGCUUGAGAUGAUCCCUAUAGGUGCAUGCAUUGACACCGACAAUGAGUACAUCAAUCUACUUCGAAACGGCCACAAUGUCACUAAGCUCAACAAGAAUAAUUACUCCCUCUGGGACAUCGCGAUGAGGAACCCCCUCUCCAUCAUCAAUCACGACAGAGCUGAGGGACUUCUGGACGGCACGAUCGAAGGCAGUGUUGAAGCAUACAGACGAUACUACGGUACUCCAGCAGUAGGCAACACUCCAGCCCAACUGGCUAGCGAGAAAGUCGCAGAACAAAUGCGACUCAAGGAGGACAAGGAGCUUGGAAGCUACCUCUUUAGCACUCUCACUGAGGCGAUGCAAGCAAAGUUGCUCAAUGCUGGACCACUCCGUCUAGGUUCACUCAUGUAUGCGAGGAUCAAGAAGGAUUCUACUCCUAAUGAAGUCACAGUUGAUCGAUCCACGCGAACCAAGAUCAGCAACUUCGUGCUCGAUGUCAACAAGCCAUUCUCAGAUGCCGUUGACCAACUCAACGGAAUCUUCCAAGAGAAACUCAAUGGAAGCAACUACCCAUUCGAUGCGGGCUACAAGGUCAACGAACUUCUUAGAAUUGCUCGACAGUCACCCCUCCUCCAGGAUACCUUGAGUCAGAUCGAUGGCAACAUCCUCGCUGGUCUUCAGAGAUACGACUAUGAGACUAUCUGUGCACAACUCGUCAACGUAGACUACACUCGAAGAAUGCCUGGCGGCAUGAACUUUGGUUACGGCAUGCCCAAUCACAUGCAAGGCAUGCAAGGUUUCCGCCCACAACAAGAGAUGCUCACCAACCUGGUCCAGAGCGUCAACCCUACUCAGUUCAAUAACUACAUGCCUGUCACCCCUGACACGUCGCCAUUGAUCAACGCUUCGAACGCAGUCAAGAAGAUCCAACCCAAACCAAAGGAACAGGAGAAACAACAGACUGAAGAUGACGGUUGUUUCCACUGUGGAGAAACAGGACACUAUUCGAACGAUUGUCCCUACAAGGCCGCAGGCAAUGCUGCUCGAGAAAGAUUCCGCAACAACGCCCUGCGACGAGAGCAGAAUUCGACCGCUGCUCAAGCUCACUACUUCAAUGCAUGGGGCUCUCCCCAACCAUCGGUAUUCACCAACCAGCAGCGACCCAACCAGGACACAAACAGUCCUGACUUCUACUCCUGUUAGGAAUUUGGUGCUGAGGCAGGAGGUACGGAUAACAAGGGACGAUUAACUACAGUU